AAGCCUAAAAACAUUAGCUUUCGGGUCGGAGAGAAAAACUCAUGAAGGUUUAGUCCCAAAUCAUGAAAAAUUAGUUUCUUGCUUCUACAAAAUCAUGUCGAACAAAAAGAAAGCGUCGAACGCAUCCAACUCAUCACAGGUCAGGCCAGUGACACCCAACUUUUCUUCCCUUGACUCUGUAAAUUUGGAGUCGUACGACGUCGUCGGAUUUGACCUCGACGGAUGCAUAGCGGAGUACGACCAAGAAGCUAUGAUACGCCACAUCUACAAUCGAAUGAGAAACUUCGUUGAGUUACCGGGCGUGGAAAACGUACCAGAUUUGGGUUACUGGGUGCAAACCGGACUCGUAUUUGAUACUGAGGAAAAGUUGAUGGUGAAGCUCAACUAUAACCGAAAAAUCUGCAAAGCCAUGAAAGGCUUCCAAGAACUGCCUUUGGAGUCAAAAAAUGUACAGGUGGUCCAGGAGAAGGUCAACAGAUACUUCAACAAUGACGAGGAAAUUCCUGCAUUGGCAACAACUGGAGCUUCGGAGAGUUGGCAUAAAACAAAACUGAAAAUGUUUUUGGAUGCCAGGGAGUUGCCAGCAGCGUAUGCAGCAAUGCAACUCGCUGAUGCCGGCAGCCCGAUUUCGUACAAGGCGAUCGACUCCGCUUGGCAAAAGGUUUUCGAUUCAAGUGAUGUGACAGACGCAUAUGCAGUGAAAGAAUGCUCAGUGCGGGUAAAGACAGGGCUUCUGAAAUUGGUGAGCGGCAGAUACAGAGCAGUUUUCGUACUAACUGCCAGCUCAUCUAGAAGAGCAUCCAGAGUUGCCACCAGCGCUCUGGGGACAGGGUGGCAACGCUAUUUCAAUUACGUUGUCACAGAGGCGCCUAAACCCGGGUUCUUCGCGACUGACGACCCUUUCUCUGCCGUGGACACCGGAAAUAUGAGCAACUUGACGGGUGCGGAGCUUUCAGUGCCAGUCGGUGGUCGGGGCCAGAUCCUCUCAAGAGGCUCCUUUUCCAGGCUGCUAAUGGAAACAAAAAGGAUCACCGGCUCCGUGACCCCAAGGUGCAUUUUUCUUGGAGACAACGCAGUGCAAGAUGUUAUGGCUCCAAAGCUGAACGGAAUCUCGUCUGGGCCUUCAAUUGACACAGUAGCUGUGGAGUCGUAUUUGCGUAGUCGGAAUAAUAAUGCCAACUUAGUGUGGGGCCCCGUGGGACAUGGGAGUGGGCGGGAUGAAAGUUUGGUGGGCGGGAUUAUUCGUCGUUAUUCCUGUUAUUCCGUAUCAGAUUUGGGAGAUUUAUUUUGAUCCGAUCUUUCGUUUCUCGCCCAUAAAAAGUGUCCCAUUUCAAAACGAA